UUCUUUUCAGCAAUUAAUGGUCCAUGGUUUUGGUUGGGUAAGUGGCCGGGGUUUGACUCGGGGCGGUUUUAGGGUUCUCUGGUUUGGGGUUUGUUGGGACGAAGUUAGGAGUGGUACAAAGUUAAAGGUUUUCUUUUUCUUAUUUUUGGAGCCGGAUGGUGGCGGAGAUGACCGCAAGUUUCGGCUUGUCUCCGUGGGAUAACGUAAAGGAGGCGUUUUGGCGAAACUGGGGCUAAAAAGAUAGGAUUUUUUUUUGUUGUUGUUGUUCUGGCUUGCAUUUUCAGCAUUCCUGGUGUUUCUACUUUUUCGCGGAGUAUUGUGGGCUUAGGGUUUGUCCAGGGGCUACGCUAGAAAGAUCGAUGCUUGGUUAACAUUUGGGCUCUCGUUCGUCAAAUCAAGUCUUGUUUUAGCUUUCCUUCCCCUUUCGCUUUGUUUUUGGACUGUGGAGCCCAGGAUCAGAAAUGUUUAGCUUUCCUCUUUGUUUAUAGGUUUCAAUUGUUUUCCUUAUGUUUGAUUUCUAAAUGUUUUCAGGCAUCCCAACUUUGGAGGGACUCUAAACUGUGUUCGUUCUUCGUAAUCUUCCAUCCUUGCGAACUAUCUAAUCCAUGCAUGGACGGGAGGGAUGCCAUAUCGAUGUCUGGUCCAUCUUCAUACUACAUCCAGCACAGAGGUAUUGGUGGGAAUAAUUCUGGAACACAGACAGGGCUGCAUGCACCACCUCCCGGCAUCCGCUCGAUGCAGAACCCCAGCUCGAGCUUACCUGUACAGCACCCUGGAAGUGUAUCAAUUGGAUCAGCGUUUCAGGUGGAGACUCCAUCCUCGAUUUCACCGCAUGGCACCAGCCCGGGUGGCGCAGUUGGAGCAGCUCAAGGAGAAACUGUGAAGAGGAAAAGGGGAAGACCACGGAAGUAUGGGCCAGAUGGAACAAUGGCAUUAGCUCUCUCGCCAUUGCCUUCGACUCCUACAGGGUCGAGGUCAGGCUCAGUGUCUGGUGCAACAUCGGUGUCAGGGUCAGGGUCGGCCGCUCAAAUGCAAAGGCGGGGUAGAGGGCGGCCACCCGGAUCUGGGACCAAGCAGCAGUUGGCUUCUUUUGGGGAAUGGAUUGCUGGCUCGGCUGGAAUGGGUUUUACUCCACAUAUUAUCACAAUUCCGAUAGGAGAGGAUAUUGCUACGAAGAUAAUGUCGUUUUCACAACAGGGCCCAAGGGCUGUGUGUAUACUCUCAGCAAAUGGUUCUGUUUCCACUGUGACUCUUCGUCAGCCUUCAAGUUCUGGUGGAACGGUUACCUAUGAGGGUCGUUUUGAAAUACUGUGCUUGUCUGGCUCUUACUUGCUGACUGAUAAUGGUGGAUCACGCAGCAUAAGUGGAGGUCUAAGCAUCUCCCUAUCGAGUCCUGAUGGUCGAGUUAUUGGUGGUGGUGUUGGGGGGUUGCUCAGGGCUGCAAGCCCUGUCCAGGUGAUAGUUGGAAGUUUUGUUUAUGGUGGCUCAAAAACAAAGAACAAAACAAAAACGAGUCGGGAAUCAGGCCAUGAGCCUGAACUUCCUGUGGGUGAUAAACAACAAAGCACCCCAACCAGUGCUGUGCUUAAUCAAAAUUUGACCCCUUCAUCGGCUAUGGGUGGUUGGACUGGUUCUAGGCAAAUGGAAAUGAGGAGCACCCACAUUGAUAUUGAUUUGACUCGUGGGUAGCUUUUGCUUGGAUAUAUAUAGAUGGGGAUUGUGUGCAUGUUCCAGUGAUUGUGACAUUGGGUGGCUCUGUGGCUUUUGCCUUACUCCUGUGCUCACAUUUUGUACUAACAUAUUUUUGCAGCUAGAAAACCAUCAGAUUUCAAUUAGUAAAAUUGUGUUCUUGUUAUUAUAUGAAUGAGUAUAUAUCUGCAGCUUUGUGGUA